AUGACGCAGAGUAAGGUGAAACUUCAAGAGAGAGGCUCGGAGAUGGGGAUGCUCUCCGGCACCAAUGGGUUAAGGAAGGGCAUGGCGAAGGAGGCGAAUUUAGCUGAAAUCAUCCUGGAACAGGCCGCCCGGCCCAAGAUCAACUACGACAAGUGCAAGGUCAUCGUCACGAUCGGCGGUCCGUUGACCGAGACCGUCGACCAGCUCGCGGAGAUGCUUGAGGCGGGCAUGACCGUCGCUCGCUUUGACUUCACCUCUGGCAGCAGGACGCUCGAGCAGCACCUGCAGACGCUCGAGAAUCUCAGGGCGGCCCAGAAGCGGACCAGGUGCCUGUGCGCAAUCUACUGCGCCUUGGGCGGGAACAUCUUCGCGGUGUCCAGGAAUGACCCCGAAAAAGAGUUCAAUUUCACCAAGGGCCAGACGGUCAAGCUCCUGCACGGCAAACCCGUGUGCGACGACAGCGACGUACUGCACCUGGACAGCAGCAUCGGCGAGCUCGAUUUCGCCGAGACGUUCUCACCCGGAGAUGUCGUCUUCGUCCACCCGUUCCUGCGCGCUGGCGAGCUCACCGCCGAGCUCGAGGUGACCUCCAUCAGCGAACGGGAGAUCGUGUGCGUGUGCCGCAACGACGUGGAGGUGCCGUCCACCGUCAAGCGCCUCGCCGUCAACUUCAGCGGGGCGAAGAAUGCGCCGCCGUUCAACGCGUGUGACGAGGUCAUCGUGAACAAUUUCGCCGUGCCCGCCAACGUGGACUUCAUCUCCGUCGGCGCGGUACGCGACGGCGGUAUGCUCGGGCUCCUCAAGCAGCACGCCCGCAACAGCGGCCUGCCAAGCGUCAGGAUCAUCGCGCAGAUCGAUAACCUCCACGCGCUUCGAGACUUGCCCGGCAUCCUGCGCCAGGCGGACGUGGUCCUGCUCGCGCGCGGCGAGCUCGGCGCGGUUGUGGCGUCCGAGAAGAUGUUCGCGGUCCAAAAGCACGUGCUGAAGAUGUGCGAGAAGGUUGGCAGGCCGUGCAUCGUGACGCGGCUCAUGGACAGCAUGAUCUUUGCGCCCAGGCCCACGCGUGCGGAGGCGACGGACGUGGCUAACAUUGUCCUCGACGGCGCCGACGGCCUCCUUCUCGGUCUCGAGACGCUGGACGGGAACUUUCCGCUAGCCUGCCUCGAGACGGUGUUGUCCAUCGCGCGGGAGGCUGACUCGGUGUACGACUACGAGGCUAGGUACAGGCGACAGAUGGUACAGAUGAACGUCAAGCUGGCCAAGGCAACGGAUUCGCUCCCGUGGGGCGUCGCGCCGCUGGUCAAGGACGACCCGGACCUCGCCAAGAUCAAACCCAACGCGCGCCGCAACUCUCUCACCAUCAGACUGGAGCAGUUCGAGGUGGACGUGAACCUGAAGAAGGAGGCGCUGGCGGCCGCGGCGGUGCAGACGGCUUACCAGAUUGAGGCCAAGCUCAUCGUGGUGUUUUCGCACACGGGAGAGACCACGCGGCUGGUGGCCAAGUACCACCCGCAGUGCCCGGUGCUGUCGCUGUCGAUUCCCACCGUCCACGGCGGUACCGUGCAGUGGAGGGUCGAGGGUGACGUGGAGGCGAGGCAGCAGCUCGUGUACCGCGGCGUGGUGCCGGCGCUGAGCGGCGGAUCCGGCCCGACGCUGGACGACGAGACGGCUCCGGUGGUGCACCAGUUUGGGGCGACGAGGACGGACGUGGAGGCGCUCACCAAGGCGCAGGAGCUCGGUCUGAUCAUGCCGGGUGAUCUCGCGGUGUUCUGCCAGCUCAUCGCGGGUCUCUCCACGGUCAAGGUUGUGGAGUUUGCGGGAAUGAGGAAGCCCAAGAGCAGGACGUUUUCGCCCGAGAUCAGCAGGAGUAGCAGCCCGGGAGUUCCCCGGAUGGCCUCGGACGAUAGCCUAGACACGAAGGAUGCCAUGAAGGAGAUUCAGGCUCGCUUCGGCCGCAUCGGAACCACAGGUAACUUCGAGGAGCUGAAGCAGACCGACGAGGCCAACAAGUCUAAGCCUGGGCUGGUGCAGCGCAACGGCGGCAGGGGUGCAGCGAAGCCCCCAAGAUCUUCAAAUUCCUCAGCUUCACUGCCGCGGGUGGAUUCCGGGGUCAGCACGGACAGUCCGGACUCGACUCAUCACGAAGGACGGACAGGGGUCGCACGGCCGAAGAAGACGAAGUCAGCCCACUUCAUCCCAUUCUGA